AUGUAUUUUCAGGAAAUGACAAGUAGAAUGAUGUUGACUUUCAGCAUCUUUGUGUUGAAAAGCUCAUACGCUCAUACGUUUAUGUCCAAUGCCAAAGUGAAGCUUAAAGUAGUAAGUAUGGUCUUCAUGUUUGGUUUAUAUGCAAAAGAAAGGCUUUACACUGAAAUGAGUGAACCAUAUGGCACAGUUUGUGAUGACUGCGGGCAAAGGCAGAUUGGUGAUAUAAUAUUUCAUGAUUUGUUUUGCUAUGAUGUCUAUAUUGUAUCAGCACCAUGUCCUCAAAAUGCAAGGCAGAGUGAAGUUGAUGAUUUCAUGGCUGAGCACAUUGUCAAACCUCUUGAAGACCAAGGAUUCAAUUGUUAUCAUGGCUCCAGAAACAUAACUGGAGGGGAGUUCAUUAUACAAGCCAUGAGCUAUCCAAUCACCAUAAUCCCAACAACCAUUGUGCCAGUCUACAAGGACAAGACUUUUUCAUCCCUUCGGAAUCUUCUUCUCAGACCAGACUAUCUAGAUAGAAUUGUGCUUCUUUCAUUUGAUUCAAGCAAAGCUGACCCUAUUUUAAUUUCAAAAACAAGUUACUCCAUGAGUGUAAAUGAUGUGCGCUUACUACAAAAGAUAAUUCAGACAAUUGAAAGGAACCGGAGACAGAUCUCGCUGCUAGAAAGAAAAAUAAAAUAUGAAAUGAAAAAUGAGCCAGAAUCAACAUUGAGUUCCAAUGCAUCUGAAAUUUACAGACACACUCUGAUCAAGAAACCAGAUAUUCGAUUGUCCAGUCAAAUAGUAACCAGAAAUGUUUCUUUUUCAUGUGAAGAAAUCUCUGCUAUUUGCUCCAAAUUUCCUAAGAUGGGAAAUGAUAUUCUCAUGGAGGAUCUUAAAUGUACAGCUUCUCCAGAUGUGCUCCUGAGCCACUGCCAUCAUCACGACAAAAAGAUUAGUCAUCAAGCAGCAAAACUAUUGGAAAAAUGUAUUGAGAAAGAUAUUUCAAAAUUUUGUAGGAAUACAAGUUUACAAAGAUUUGAAAAAGAAGUGCGAUUCCUGGCUGAAAAAGAGUACACAACACGUUGUGAGAUAAGCAACGAGUUUGUGAAAUUAUACUUCUGGAUUAUUGCUGCUACCUAUUUUAGGAUAUAUAAAUAUAAUGAUACAGACCUAAAGGCCCACAUGAAAUCAUUGACAUUAAAAAAAAAUAAAACCAGUCCGAAGCCAUUUGAUAAGCUCUAUCAACUAAGUUAUCUUAAGCUCACCGCUUCAUUGCUCACAAAAAUUAAGACCUGGCCGAACCAACUAGACAAGAAUGCUGUGCGCAUUCAAAUGCUAGAAAACUGUAUGUACUUGGUAAAUCACAAAGAUUUUGGCACCGGUGAAAACAUGAAAGCGCUUGCUGCAACUGUGAAACAUCUAAAAGCUCUGCCUUGGGAUAUAAAACACAUAUUUUUGGUGCUUGUCACGGAAAAGAUCUUUGCUCAAAAAUCUACAGAGUAUGGCAUACGUUUUUUUGCUGAUAUUUGUGCAUUAUUGCAGAACAAGCACACUGGCAUUUUUCUUGAUUUGGUUGAACGGACAACAGAAUAUAUUCGGGAGCACUAUACAAAAGGUGCUCUUGGUGCAUGUUUAAAAGUUCUUGAAAUUAUUUUGGAUUGGCUGAAAGUGAAGAGACGAAAACAGGAAAAAUGGAUGAGCAUUCUUAAACAUUUCUUUAAAAAACUUGUCUAUCAUCCUUCGAGUGAAGUCAGAACCAUCAUUUCCCCAUUGCUUUUUAGUGAAGAUUUAAAAGGCAUUGCUAUCAGCCAGUUGGGAUGCACGUGCAUAAGAGUUUGUGAUGACCUUGUUGAGAGAUGUAUCCGUGAAAAGUUACUGAGUAUCUGCCCAGACAUGAUAUUCAAAGGUCACGGUCAAGCAAUGUUGAACACUUUCACGCUUGAAACAACUACUUCAACAGGAGAUGCAUUGGUCUGUAUGCUUAGACAGAAGACAUUGAAUGAUAUCCUGCAAACUAAUUAUACAGAUGAUGCUUAUGAGAGUUUUCAAGAAAUAUCAACAGCGGUUGCCAGAUGUCAAGGACAUGAUAAUAUUGUACACUUGCUGAACAUGUCACCUAGUGGCGUACCUCCAUUUUAUAUGGUGGAGCAUGGCAAACCACUGUUGCAUUUCCUACAUGACAAGGAGAAUCAGCUUACAUGGUCAGAAAUUACUAAUAUACUAAUUGAGAUCACCAAUGCAGUUGUCCAUUGCCAUAGGAAUUUUGUUGUCCUCCGUGACAUUACACCUGCGAGCUUUGAAGUUUUUCCUGGAGUGAAUGGUUCCUUUCAAGUAAAGCUCUCCAGUUUCCUCUACGCAAAAUGCACUUUGAAUGAAGAAGCUGUGGACCCUACACAUGAAUACAUAGAAGAUUAUGACUUUUUAUACUUUCAAGGUGACUAUAAAGAACCAGUUGCUGCUUAUUUUAGUGCUCCUGAAACCCUGUCAAGCAGAAUGUUUUCUAAAUUCACAGAGAUAUGGAUGCUCGCUGCAACCUUUUAUUCAAUUCUUCUUUAUGGCAGGCAACCAUUCCAAGAGCUAGCUCAUCUCAGUGCAUCCCAGUUUGUUAAUGAGAUUAUAUCAUGCCACAAACCUAACAUUCCAGGCUCAAUUUCACCUGAUCUAUGGACAACACUAAGUGCUAAUUUAGGCUUCGUGGCAGACAAACGCAUGGUGAUUGGCGCGUUGCUACAAGAACUGGAAUCAUACAAAGAUAAUUUGGGACCAAAGAAAGACACAAUUUACGCAGUUAAAUCAGUGUGUGCUUACAUCAAUCCUGCAGACAUCCAAAGGGGUUACCUCAACAUUAAUGGUAAAUUUAUACAUGAGAAAAAGGAAGAUACCAGUAGGAGAAUAUACCAUGAUGGCUGCAAACGGAAUGAUCGUCUUCAUGAAACAGUGUCAUAUAAAAUGAGCCUUAGCACCAGAAAAAAAAUUACAACAUUAAAUCACCCAAAUAUUUUACAAGUAAUGGAAAUUCUGCAUGGUUCCUACACAACAAAACUGGUAUAUUACCCUUUUGGUGAUUACACCCACACUUUGAAUAGUAUUGAAGUGAACAUUAGCAUGGACAAACUUUUGUCAUAUUUUGAUCAGCUUACUUCUGCCAUGCAAGAGCUGCACUUCCAUAAUAUACUGCACUGUGACUUGCGCUGCUGCCAUGUUUAUGUCAAUCCAUGUGAGGGCACACUUAAAGUUGGUCAUUUUGGAAGAGCCGUUUCACUUGAAGGAAAGCAAGCUAAUCCCUAUGCUUAUAAAAUGAUGCCACACGAUGCAGAAAAAUGGUCCGCACCAGAAGUAAAACACAAAGGGAUUUACUCACAAGCAUCCGACAUUUAUAAUUUAGCAUCUGUGCUUUGGGAAGCUUUGAACACACAGGAUUUCAUGCACAGGCUCAAUCCUGACCACAGACUGAGAAAGAUGCUUCCCUAA